GUUGUAGUAAUUCGUUGUACUUAUUACGUAAGUAAAUAUCAAAAGUAGUUUUGUUUUCGCAGUUUUAAAACCGCGUGUGCAAUGCGGCAAUGCGCAACCGGUAUCGUGCGUAACAAAGAUCAAGGUCACCACGUGCUUUUUCUUUUUCAUUUUUAGGUUAUAAUCAUGCUGUCAUGUUUAUCUGUUUUAUCAGAAACAUUAUUUAAUCGUUUCAUUGUGUUUUUUAUCGUGAAAGUGAACAGUGGAGUGUCGUGGAACUGUGCUAUUAAUUGUUAAAGUUGAAGCUGAAUUAGAGCCAUGUCGGUGUCUCGUCUGCUCCUCCACCGGGCUCCCGGCAGCCCUCCAGCGCGGGCCGUGAUGAUGCUCAGCGACAUGCUAGGUCUGCAAAUGGAAUAUAACGACGUAAAAUUCUUGCAACUAGAACACAAGUCCCCUGAGUUCAAAAAGUUAAAUCCCAUGGGUACAGUGCCGGUUCUCCAAGAUGGUGACUUCAUUGUUUCUGAAAGCCACGCCAUAAUGAAGUACCUACUAACUAAGUACGGCGGCGACAAGCGUGAGCUGCUGUACCCGAGCGACGUGCGCACGCGCGCUGUAGUGGACCAGUGCAUGUUCUUCAACGCUGGAGUCUUCUUCGCUGCUUUUAUGUCAGUCGGGCGAGCAACGUUCACGGGCAGUAUAUACAAGCCAACAGCCCAACACAUACAGGAAAUAGAGACCUCGUACUCCGUGGUAGACGCCUACCUGCAGGACAGGCCCUACGUGGCCACCGACCGACUGACCUUAGCUGACCUCGCCGUCGGAGCAACGGCCUCGACCGCUCAGGUCUUCAUUAAAAUGGAUGCUGAUAAAUUCCCCCGCUGCGCUGACUGGAUGUCUCGCCUACAUGAGGAGCAAGUAUUCAAAACUGUCAUGGCGCCCGGCGUCGCUUUCUUUGCGAAAGUCAUCAACAAAAUCUGGGAGCACAAUAAGUCGAAACUAGAAAAGAAAUAAAUCAAUAUUUAUUGUUUAUGAAA